GACGACUCCGUCAGUCCGUUUGCAGCUUCAUUCCUUCUUCACCGGCAAGCCGGGCUUUGUAAGAACGCCAUUUUGUUUGUUUCCUCGUAGAAAACCAUUUAUAGUUUCCUCGUGCAUUGCCCUGAGGAGGAGGUUACUGAAAACAUUUGCAGCUCCAUAUUUAGCGAGUGACCGUUAUGUCUCACGGCGGAAAUAAUAGAAACGAGUGCAGAAUUUACGUGGGAAAUUUGCCACCUGAUAUUCGUACCAAAGACAUUCAAGAUCUGUUCUACAAAUUUGGCAAAGUUUCUUUCGUUGAUUUGAAGAAUCGUAGAGGUCCACCUUUCGCCUUUGUUGAGUUUGAAGAUCCAAGAGAUGCUGAAGAUGCAGUCCAUGCACGAGAUGGUUAUGACUAUGAUGGAUAUAGACUGAGAGUUGAAUUUCCUCGUGGUGGAGGUCCAAGCAGUAACUUUCGAGGUGGAAGAGGAGGAGAUAACAGCAGAGGAGGUCGAGGUGACAUGGGUAAUUCUCGUGGACGAGGACCACCAGCACGUAGAUCUCAAUACAGAGUACUCGUCACUGGAUUGCCACCAUCUGGAAGUUGGCAAGAUUUGAAAGAUCACAUGCGAGAAGCUGGAGAUGUUUGCUUUGCAGAUGUCUACAAAGAUGGAACUGGAGUAGUAGAAUUUGUACGAUAUGAAGACAUGAAGUAUGCUGUUAAAAAGCUUGAUGAUUCCAGAUUUAGAUCACAUGAGGGUGAAGUAGCUUACAUAAGAGUAAAAGAAGAUCAUGGUGGUAGCGGUGACCGUAAUAGAAGUGAAGAUAGAGACAGAGGUCGAAGUCGUUCAAGAAGUUACAGUCCACGUCGUCGUGGUUCACCAACGUAUUCACCGUUACGUAAAAAUUAUUCGCGAUCAAGGUCACGCUCCAGGUCUCGCUCAUACGAUUAGAGUGUACGUAUGGUGAAUACUAUGCUCCAUAGCAAUGAAUUAGCAUAUUCUUGCUCCGAUAUACUGUACCUAACUGACAGUAAAUUAAGCUAACUGAAACGUUCUAGUACUGAUAUAAAAGAAGCAUGAACUUUGAUUUUUUAUGAAUCUUUAUAGUAGUUCGCGAUUCAAUCAUUGAAUUCUGUAAACAUUACUAGCAUAUAGAAUGUGUUUGCUCAUCAACUUAUAUUUAUUCAUGAAUUUAUUUUUAUCUACUACUUAUCAGUUUCAUCAGUACUUGAACACUAAGUAAUCAAUAAGGGAUUAUUAGAUAAUAUGUUUUACAAAAAGAAUUUCCAUUGAAAAAAUUGCAAAUGGAUAAAAUAAUAAUUUGACUUGAUUUUAAAUAUGAAUUGUACAACUAUUUUUUGAGAAAAAUUCUAGUAGAACCAUAUGACAUUAUUUUUUUUGCUAAAUUGAUUGAAGUAAUCCCUCAUUUAGUAUCACAACAAAACUUUCAAAACAAGAAGGAUAAUACAGUGUAUUAAAGUUUCAUUUUAUUUCCAAAGAUUUAUACAGUAAUAUUUGCAUUACUAAUUUUAUCUCCUUUCUUGCUUUGUAAAGUAUUAAGGUAAUACUAUUUGAUAUUAAGAUCAAUGAUGAACUGUAAAAACAAUUUGAUGUAAAAUACCUCGAAAAAUUUUAAAUGAAAUUUUUAACUUUGUUGGUGCGAGUUUUUUUUAUAUGUAUGAAUUAAUUCAAUGACAAAAUUGUACUUAACUUACCAUUACGGAUAAAAAUGUCGAGUUUAAUGAAAUUAAAGUAUUAAUAUUAUUUUAAUGCUAUAUUAGUACAUUAUGAUUAUACUAUCCUUUAUUGUCUAUAACUGCAUUAUCUGAAUUACAAAAAACAAACUCGCUUCAAUAAAGCAUAAAACAUCUAUAAUAAUCAUUGUUUAUUGUAAUAAAAUGGAAACUAAUGUAUUUUUUCUUCUUUUGUAUAUUGGAUCGGAUUGUAACACAAUGAAUGAAAAACCUGAAAUCUUCACAUGACGAUCUUACUUCUUGGAUGGAUGUUACUCCCGCGACGCGUUGCUUUGGACGGAUUUUACGCGGAAAGCAAAACAUUGUCGGGAAAGGAUCGCGAGGAUAGGAUAAAAAGCGAGGGAUAAAGGAUUUGUGCGCAAAGAGGAUUUUAAAUGGAUUCAAAAUUGCUUUUCUGGAAAGGAUAUGUUGCAAAAAACAGGAUCAAUGACCCUGUUCCCAAAUUUUGUAGUGAACCUAUGUACGAGAAAUUGCACACAUCUCUUAAUCAUUUGGAUGCAUGAACAAUAAAAUUUUUUCACAUUUUUUUUUUGUGAAGACCUAGUGAAGGAGACAUUUGUAACUUUAACAGUAGUAUCAUUGAUGCAGUGAAUGUUCCUGUUUUUUAAGAAGUUACAGAAGAGGAAAUCAGGAAGUGUGUGCAAUAUAUCCUACAAAGUCUUGGGAAUUCGUGUUUUGUAACAUUAGACCUACCCCAGGAUAUUGAGGAUAAAUUGGAGACAUUGGAUUCAUUUUUUAUCUUUUGUGAACGACAGAAUAAGUUCUUUUAUCUUUGGAGACUAAUGGAUUUUUUAUUCGAAACUUGCAUAGAACUCUGCGGGAGUGAUUUGGAUUUUGCAUUUGGAAAGUCAUGGAAUCAUUAUAAUUGAAGAGGAGAUGAGGAUUUCGGUUCUUCGAAUUGAACAUUUUUUAAUAAAAAUUGAACAAAAAAUUUAUUGGAUUUUUGGAUAGAAUUACUUCGCCGAUCAUUGGAUACCUUGGAGAUUGGCCGGAAGAAUUUAAUGCGUUUUAAUGACAGGUAUUUGCAAGCCGGUUUUUUAAUCGAGAUACCUCAUCUUCUACAAUGUACUGCAUGCAUUUGCUUUAAUAUUAUUCUUCAAAUUACUUUUUAUAACUCUUUUUAUUCACUUUUUAUCCUCUUUAUCGACGUCCGUACUCAAACAAUUUUAACAGCUUCGUUUCAUUUACUAAUUUAUAAAAUCCCUUUUUUAUGCACAGAUAAAUCUUUAAUUUGCUUUACAGCUUAUUCUCAAAUCUACAAUUGCAUUAUCAUUAAUUACGCAGAUAGUAAACAAGACGAUCGAAACGUUGUUAUAUUCUUUUACAAAUUUAUUCAAUUAAUAAUUUGUACCCUGAAAAAUGUCACUCCUUAUAAUAUUUUUUUUAAGUUUAUAUUUAUAAACUUUAUUUUCAUUGCGUACAGAUAAAUAAUAAUGAACUAAUCGGAUUAUAGUUGUUUUUUUAAUUAUAAAUUUGAUAUCAUUGAACGCAACGAUGAAUUUUGUGAAGGAUCAUUUCGAAAUUUACGGAAAAAUAAACUGAAUACAAAACUUAUAAUAUAAUUUUUCAACGUUUUAUUAUUAAUUUUUAUUCAGAUUACUACGUUUGAAUUCCCUUUUUUACAAAAUGAAUUAUUUUGGUGGUAGAUAGUUUAUAUAGUGCCCCGAAUUCAAAUUAAAGUAGAUAAUGUAAUUGCAUGGUAUUAAAAUCCAUUCAAACGUUUGUCACACCACGUUAUAGUGACAUGCAAAUACACAAACACACACACACACACACAUUCUAUCAGGCAAGCCUCUACAUUUGUCAUUGUUAUGUAUAAAAUUUCAUUUUGCACAAACAAACAAGUCCUUAUAUAACUGUGUAAAAAAGUAGAAAACGUAACGAAAUCUAUAUUUUUACAUCGAAAUUAAUAACACUUUCCAUUGCUGCGGUCAUUAAUACAAAUGAUUCUACUGUAGGUGCCAACUGCUAUAUAUAUAUAUAUAUAUAUAUAUAUAUUAUUAUCAUCAUUAGCAAUUGAUAAAAUCUUAAUGCAUGACCAUUUUCCUAAAUGUCGUGUUACCGUAUACAAAUGAUUAAAGGUCUUUUAAAAUACAGCUGAACCAUAUUUUUAAAAUUAUUUGGAAUGUUUACAAUUUUCUGAAACAAUCAAUUGUCUACAACGGAAGAUUGCUUAUUGCCUAUACAAAGGCGAAUGAAAAAUAGUACGUGGAGUAGAAAAGGAGAAAAAAUAUAAACGUUCAAGAAAGGUAUGAGCUUUCUACAUAUUUUAUGUUUAGGUUUAAUAUGCCCAUGUAAGUAUUUUUCGAAAAUAAAAAAAAGAUUCAU